AAAAGAAUGAACGCAGAUUUCUUGAGACGAGUUUACAGUCCUAAAAUGGUUACUAACUUUGAUAAGUAAUUAACCUCUUUACCAGCUUAAUUAAAAGUGCAACAAGUUCAUUUAUUCACUAAUUAAUUUUUUAUUCCAAAUCUACUUAAUCACCGUGUACUAGUCUUUAAAAUUCAUUUAUUUCAAACCACGUUAUGGCUCCUGUGGUGGAAAAACUUCUGUCGGGGUUUCUGUUGAGUGAAGGUCCGCAUUGGGAUGAUAAAAAACAAUGUUUAUAUUUUGUGGAUAUAUUAAAAAGUACCAUCAAUAGAUACGUACCCAGUACUAAAGAACAUACUUGGGCAAAGCUUGAUGAUCAUAACGUCUCCCUAAUAAUACCGGUGAAAGAUAGAGAAAACCAUUUUCUUGUAGCUUUAGACAGAUCUGUCUGUUUGGUAAAUUGGGACGGUCAAAGCAAGCAAGUCACCAAGAUUGAGAGACUUGUUGAAGUAGAAGAAGGUACAGAACAUGUAUUGAACGAUGGGAAAUGUGAUUACACUGGAAGAUUAUGGAUAGGCACCAUGGGAGCAGCUGCGAAAGCAUUACAAAAUCUGCAAGACGGACAAGGAGCAUUUUAUAGUAUAUCUAAUAAAACGGUCCAGUUACAUAGAGAUAAUGUUGGUUGUUCAAAUGGACUUGCAUUUGACUACAAGCUGAAGAAAUUGUACUAUAAUGAUUCGUUAAGAGGGACUCUAGAUGAAUAUGAUUUUGAUAUUGAAAGUGGAACUAUAUCUAACUUAAACUAUGUUUUGAAAAGUUUCGGUGAUGACUCAUCGGAUAAUGAAGUGCUAGUUUUGGAUCCCGAAGAGUUUUCUGGAGUAUGUGAUGGUGUGACUAUUGAUUCUGAAGGAAAUCUCUGGGUUGCGAUUAUUGGUUCAUCAAAAAUAGUGCAGAUAAAACCAGGCAAACCGGCAACUAUAUUGCAAUCUGUGGAGCUUCCAACUCCUCAAAUAACCUCUCUAGCAUUUGGGGGUCCUAAUCUAGACGAGCUCUACGUUACAAGUGCAAAUUUUAGCUCUCAACCAAAAGGAGAAAGUCCUGGAUGUUUAUUUAGAGUAACAGGACUAAAUUGCAAAGGAGUGCCUGCUGACGAAGCAGUGAUAUAGGAAAAAAUGUCAGCUAAAAUGAAUAUUUCGUUAACAAAAAUGUAAUUUUUCAAUAAAUAUUUGACAAAAAAAGGUUUUUA